AUGGCAAGCCAAGGACUUGCUUACGACGGUUGCAACUUCUUCAGGCAGCGCCUCGUUCUGUCCACAUUGAGCGGGAAAAGGCUUAAAAUCCGGAAUAUUAGGUCCAAAGACGACAACCCGGGGAUUCGAGAUUUUGAAGCCAGUUUCAUCAGACUGCUGGACAAAGUUACUAAUGGCUCCAGAAUAGAAAUCAAUCAAACAGGCACCGUGCUCUUCUACCAGCCCGGCUUACUAAACGGGGGAUCCGUAGAACAUGACUGUUGUCUACAGCGCUCCAUAGGCUACUACCUAGAGGCCCUGCUCAUGUUGGCUCCCUUCAUGAAGAACUCUCUAAAGGCCACUCUGCGCGGUGUCACCAAUGAUCCCGUGGACCCGACAGUGGAUCGGCUUAAGUCCACAGCUCUUCCUCUGAUGAAGAAAUUUGGCAUUGACGGAGAAGGCUUUGACCUAAAGGUGAUAAAGAGGGGAAUGGCUCCCGGUGGAGGAGGUGAGGUCCUUUUCACGUGUCCCGUCCGCAAGACCGUCAGGCCUGUGCAGCUCACAGACCCCGGAAAGAUAAAGAGAAUCCGAGGCGUUGCAUAUUCAGUGAGGGUUUCCCCUCAGAUGGGCAACAGGAUUGUAGAGUCAACUCGAGGUAUCCUGAACCACUUCAUUCCAGACAUCUACAUUCACACAGACCAUAUGAAGGGUGCCAACUCCGGAAAGUCGCCGGGUUUUGGUCUGACGCUGGUGGCGGAGACCCUGGAAGGCUGUUUCCUAUGUGCCGAAAUGUCGUCGACGCCGCAGGGUCGAGGAGAGCCCGUUCUGCCCGAGGAACUCGGCCGCGACUGCGCUAAGCUGCUGCUGGAGGAAGUGUACCGGGGAGGCUGUGUGGAUUCGUCCAAUCAGAGCCUGGCACUGCUCCUGAUGACCCUUGGCCAACAGGAUGUUUCAAAACUUUUACUCGGACCCCUCUCGCCAUACACGAUGGAGUUCCUCAGACACAUUAGAGAUUUUUUCCAGAUGAUGUUCAAAAUGGAAGUUCGCAAGCCCAUAGAGGAUGAACGGAAAGGGGGGGAUAAAGUCCUCAUGACGUGUGUCGGAGUAGGUUACAGCAACUUGAACAAAACUCUGAAAUAA